CGCAUGCGCAGUCUCCUCAUGUGGCCUCUGGCUCUUUGGUGCGCUUGUGCUGCGCUGAUCGGUUUGUCCUCUGCUCUGCGGCUUCUCCACAACACGUUUAAUGUCCAAACCCGGCUCCUACGGCUCACCUGGCACCUUCAGCUGACGGAGGAGAAAGCAGAGCCCGCAGUGUGUGAAGACAGGCCGCCUACAAGCACGGCACGACCCGGAUCUGUUUUUUUGUUUUCAGACGAGCACUGAUGUAGCAGCGUUGCGACGGUUGCGGUGCUCUCCCUCUACCUCCGGUCCCCAGCGCCUCACUGCAUGACCUCGGACAACGGAUCCUCGAGGGGAAAGCAGCCCCUUCUUCACCCUGGACCCUCUCCUCUGGACUCCAUAGUCAUCUCAUUCAACUCAUCUCCAGCAGAAGAAUCAGCCGAAUCCUUCACCACAAAGGAGUUGAAACACCUCCACGUGGACCAGUGGAGGUGUUGAAGAGCUUCCCUCCCCCCAUUCCUGUUUUUUCUCUUAUAUGUUUAAGAGUAUAUAUUUUUUCUCGUGGUUAUUGUGAGUCCGGUUUUUGCCGGCCGUGUGACUUUUCGAGACUGGGGCGCGAUUCAUGGGAUGCAACCAUGUCGGAUCUCAGUGAGCGCAGGCCGGUCAACACGGACUACGCUGUCUCCCUGCUGGAGCAGCUCAAGUUCUUUUACGAACAGAAAUUACUGACUGACAUCGUGCUGCUGGUGGAGGACACGGAGUUCCCGUGUCACAAGAUGGUCCUCGCCACAUGCAGCUCCUAUUUCAGGGCGAUGUUCAUGAGCGGCCUCAGUGAGAGCAAGCAGACCCACGUCCACCUGAGGAACGUGGACCCGGCCACCCUGCAGAUCAUCAUCACCUACGCCUACACGGGCAACCUGGCCAUCAGCGACAGCACCGUGGAGCCGCUCUACGAGACCGCCUGCUUCCUGCAGGUGGAGGACGUCUUGCUGCAGUGCAGAGACUACCUGGUGAAGAAGAUCAACGCCGAGAACUGCGUCCGCAUGCUGAGCAUCGGCGACCUGUUCAGUUGCAUGGAGCUCAAGCAGAGCGCCAAACGCAUGGUGGAGCACAAGUUCCCCAUGGUGUACCGGCAGGAGGCCUUCCUCCAGCUGUCCCACGAGCUGCUGAUCGACGUGCUGAGCAGCGACAACCUCAACGUGGAGAAGGAGGAGACGGUGCGCGAGGCGGCCAUGCUGUGGCUGGAGUACAACAUGGAGGCGCGCUCGCAGCACCUGUCCUCCGUGCUCAGCCAGAUCCGCAUCGACGCGCUGUCCGAGGUGACGCAGCGCGCCUGGUUCCAGGGUCUGCCGCCCAACGACAAGUCCGUGGUGGUGCAGGGCCUCUACAAGUCCAUGCCCAAGUUCUUCAAGCCGCGGUUGGGCAUGACCAAGGAGGAGAUGCUCAUCUUCAUGGAGGCCAUGUCGGAAACGCAGGGCGACGGAUACGUGAUGUCCGGGUCUUUGCCCACCACGGUCGUGUGUUACAGCCCGCAGGCGGAGAAAGUGUACAAGCUCAACAACCCCCCGGGGGACCUGCAGAAGGUGGGGACGCUUGUAACGCCGGACAAUGACGUGUUCAUCGCCGGCGGUCAGAUCCCCCUCAAGAACUCCAUCACCAACCACGGCAAGAGCGGAAAGCUCCAGGCGGUGUUCCGCUCCGUGGAUAGCUUCUUCUGGUUCGACGCCCAGCAGAACGCCUGGGUUCCCAAAACCCCGAUGCUGUGCGCCCGGAUCAAACCCUCGCUGGUCCACUGCGAGGGCUACAUCUACGCGAUCGGCGGGGACAACGUGGGCGGGGAGCUGAACAAGCGCACGGUGGAGCGCUACGACUGCGAGAAGGACGAGUGGAGCAUGAUGAGCCCCUUGCCCUUCGCCUGGAACUGGAGCACCUCCGUGGUGGCGCACGACUGCAUCUACGUCAUGACCCACGACCUGAUGUACUGCUACUUCCCGCGGGCCGACACCUGGGUGGAGAUGGCCAUGCGCAAGACCAGCCGCUGCUUCGCCUCCGCCGCCGCGUUCGGCGAUCUCAUCUUCUACAUCGGCGGCCUCCACGUGGUCAGCAACUCCGGCAUCCGCCUGCCCACGAGCACCAUCGACGGCUCCUCCGUCACGGUGGAGAUCUACGACGUCAACAAGAACGAGUGGCGCCAUGCCGCCAACAUCCCCGCCAAGCGGUACUCGGACCCGUGCGUGCGGGCGGUGGUGCUGCUCAACUCGCUGUGCAUCUUCAUGCGCGAGACCCACAUGAACGAGCGCGCCAAGUACGCCAUCUACCAGUACGACAUGGAGCUGGACCGCUGGUACCUGCGGCAGCCCGUGUCCGAGCGCGUGCUCUGGGAUCUGGGGAAGGACUUCCGAUGCGCGGUGGGGAAGCUGUACCCGUCCUGCCUGGAGGAAUCCCCCUGGAAACCCCCGACCUACCUCUUCUCCCCGACGGAGCCGAGGAGUUCGAGGUGGACGGGGAGCUGGUGACCCUCCCCCACGUAUAGCUCUUAACCUCCCCUCCCCCCCCUCGCUGACUGACCCGGGAACCUGUAACGCUGAGGGAUGAACACGUGUGUGGGAGGGGGUGGAUCUAAAAUAUGAAAAGGGUUUUCACAUUCUCUCUGUUGUUUCUCUGGAUCUCCGGACUUUUGGAGGCUUGAAGCCUCAAAAA